UGACAUCCACAGCACUACAGCCAAUGAUGGAAGGGUGCUUCUGGAGGAUCUUGCUGGUGGCUGGGGCUCUUUCAGCCUCUGGGGCAGCCCCACCGCCACACAAACCCCUGAUCUAUGAAAAGGCUGUGGCUCUUGGCAUGGAACUCUACAAUGAGAAAGCAGGGGAAGACUCCCAAUAUCGGCUACUGGAGGCUGUUCCUCAACCUGAUUGGGAUCCCACUUCUGAGAGCACCCAGGAGCUGAACUUCACCAUCAAAGAGACGGUGUGCCUGGUCCAAGAAGAACGUGCCAAGGAUGAAUGCGACUUCAAAGACGACGGGCUGGUCAAAGAAUGCUCCGGCUACUAUUUCUUUGACGAGACGCCACCAGUGGCAGUUCUCACCUGUGAAACCGUGGGGGGAAAUGAGGAGGAGACGGAAGAGGAGAAGGAG